AAUCAACGAAAGAUGCAUAUUAUGCAAAAGAAAUUGAUCUUUGGGAACAAAUCCUCAGAAAUCCUUAUCAUACUUCAGAAGACGAGCAAAAUGCUUUGAUAUUUAUUUUAAAAAAAUUUAGAUAA